CGAGGUCCCACCACGGGGCAAGAUUUUGGGGUACGGAUUGGUAGCAUCCCUAUUCUAUCUGAGUUUUGAAUGGAAGGUCUAUAUAAAAAUAUUCCAAAUCUGCUAAUGUGGUGGAUGCUUUUUGUGUGGUGGAUACACGCUGAGCUCUAGUACUCUUCCUGUAGUCAUCUCUUAAAAACUGUCCUCAGUUUACGCUCAGGAAUUGCUUCCAAUAUUCCACUGUAUCCAGUGUACGAAGAAGAAAACCAGGUUACAUGCACGGUUGUGGCUGGGGAAAAGGCACGAGGGGGAUUUGCAGAAUAUCAAAAGUGGUUUUUAUUUUAGAAAAGUAACCGGGCUGAUUUUUUGAGGAGGAGGAGGAAGAAGAAAAUAUUUUGCUUCCUAUCCUGAAAGCUUCAUCAGUUGCACUGGAUGGUGUGAGAGAUGGAAGGAGAGUUAUUGACAGUUGGGAUUACUUGGCUGUUAUGAAUCAGUUCUGUUGCCUUUUCUAAAAUAAAACUCACUUUUGAUACAGCUGUGACCAGGAGGACUCAGAACCUUCGUAGAGAUUUGAUUUGCUGAAUGUUGUCAGCGUGUAACUGUUGGGCGGCUGAGGCAGAGGACAAGAGGCCUUCCGCUUUGAAUCAAAUCCAGGUGUAGCCCAAUUCUUUGGUAUUUGGGCCGUGAUGAGCCCUGCGUGCCUUACAAAAUUGUAAAUCCAUUGAGGGGAAGUGGCCCCUCAAUGGUUGUCGAUAGGUGGAUAUGUGUGGAAGGUGUGGGUCGCCUGUUGCAAGGAGGAAGGGACCAGGAAUUCUCCUGAACUGAAGGGUGCUUUGGGCCCAAUUACCUGAGACAGGUGAUAGCCGACAUGAAAGGAAGGGAUGGUCAAUUACUUUUAUUUAUUUAUUUAUUAUUUAUUUAUUAUUUCAAUUUGUAUACCGCCCUACUCCCGAAGGACUCAGGGCAGUGAACAGCCAUAGAAUAAAACAUAUGAAUACAAAAUUUAAAAUAAAGUAAAACAAAUUAAAUAAUUUGGCUGAAAAUUUAAAACCCCAAUAAUUUAAGACCAAAUUUAAAAUUUCCAUUUAAAAUGGACUUUCUCGAUUUCAUUCAGGAUUCCUGGGUGGGAGAACAUAGUUUCUUUUUGAUGUACUUCAGUGCGUCCACAAAUAAUGGCUUUGAACCAGGAGGGCCUAAAACACGUGGGUGUAUGCGUUAUAUAUAUAUAUUUUAGCUCACUCAGGUAAAUCUGUUUUAAGAAUUUAAGACUUAGGCAGCUCAGUUGUUAUGCCAAAAGUUGUCUAAUGGGAAGGGCAGCUUGGGUGGGCUCUCUAUAACCCCAGAAGUGAGUGUGCUUGGAGCUGGCAAGAAGGACUUUCAAACAUGAUGCCCAUGAUGAUUUGUUAAAUUCCUGUGGUAGGUGCCGGAGUUGGUGUCUCUGGCCCCUUUGGGACCUGUGGACUUCAACUCCAAAAGAUGCCAAAGGUCCUGAAUCAGUUGGUGGCUCUUUUCCCUUGCGGAGAGAAUAUGAGAGUGGAGGAGGCUGCCCCCUCCGUUACAGAUUGACAGGAGCGGAGAGAUUCACCUGGGUAAUAGAACCAAAGCCUAUUUGACAGACGCUUCACGUCUGGGGGAUUCCUCCUCACAAUCCUCUGAAAUCCACCAGGAGGACCUCCUAACCGGCCCAGUUUGUGCAAUCAAGCAGGGGUUCUUUCUCCAACCUUAGCCACUUUAAGACUUGUGGACUUCAGCUCCCAGAAUUCCCCAGCCAGCCACCCAGAAGGACCUAAGGGGGAGACCUGCUUCCCUCGGAUACAGAUACGGGGAAACCUUUGUCAAGUCCCCUCUUGGCCGUCUCCGCUUUAGGCUGCACACUCCACAGUUCCUUCAAGCGCCCUAGGUAAGUUAAAAGUGUGCUCCCCACCCACACCCCCAACAACUUACAAGUUCUGCUGUGUAGAGAAAUAAUUUGUGCUCCAGCCUCAGGGUUAAUAGUUGCUCUGUAUGAAUUAUGCCCACGUUUGGCUCCCCAAUGAAGGCUGCUUCAUUGGAGUCGCUCCCUUGAGAUUCAGUGGGGAGCGACAUUUGUCGCGUUCUUCUGGCAAAGUAGUCCUGAAUAUUUUGUAGGGUUCCAGAAAUCCUGGGUUGUCUUGCUUAGCCAGGAUGGUGUUGUCUGCAGGGGGGGCUGCAGGUUGUUGAAUUGUGGGUGCUGGAGGUUUUCAGAAAUAGGACAACCUUUUGAUGGGGAGGAGGCUGGCCUAGAAGACCUCUGAGCCUGUGUUCUAUGCCCUCACCUUUGCUCCUGUUCUGUUCUGGCAGGUGCAUUGCUGUGCGCAGGACUCCGUUCAGUCCAGGGACCUUAGGAGAAUAUCCUGGAAUUCUGUCACUGGGACUAGGAAUUGGUCAUGUCAGCAGGGGUCCUCAAGUUAGGACUAUUCAUUUAGUGAUAUUCAAAGUUACAGCGGCACUGAAAUAGUGACUUGUGACCUUGUUUCACACUUAUGACCGCUGCAGCAUCCCCAUGGUCACGUGAUCAAAAUUCAGAGGCUUGGCAACUGGUUCAUACUUAUGACGGUCGCUGUGUCUCUGGGUCCUGUGAUCCCCUUUUGCGACUUUCUGACAAGCCAGGUUCACUUAACAAGAAACCACGUUACUAAGUUCACACGGCGGUGAUUCGCUGAACAACGAUGGCAAGAAAGGUUGUAAAAUGGGGCAAAACUCACCACUGUCUCAUUUAACAUUAACAAUAGAAAUUUUGGGCUCAGUUGUGGUCAAAAGUUGAGGACUCUCUGUGUUGGAGAAUUGCAGAGGCUUUUCCUGCCAUCUAGAAGCCAGAUGUUCUCCUCUGUGAGUUCAGAACUGUAUCCAACAUGUUUUACAAAUAUAAAUAUGCCAAAUAAAACAGGCCAAAUAAAGUGGGACCUUUUUGUAGAGGUCACAAGCACCAGAAUUUGACUUCCGUUUUCAAAUUUCAGUCCACGGCUAUUAAUUGCAGAAUAAUCUCCUGAACGUGUUUGCCUUUCCAUUGUAUUCUUAGGCCACCCAAUAUCUUAACUUCUGAUUUUAAAAAAAGAGCAAACAGCUUCUUGCCUGCGUAUAUGGCAGGUUUACUGAUCAGAUAAGAGCAUUUCCUUCCUUGCUGCUUUCCAAUAAAACCAUUUGUGAUUGAGAAUAGAAUAGAGUAAACUGGAAGGGACCUUGGAGGUCUUCUAGUCCAGCCCCCAACUCAAGCAGGAGAACCUUUUCCAUCUCAGACAAGUGACUAGUCUUAAAAACCUCCAGUGAUGGAGCACCCGCGAUUUCUGAAGGCAAGGAGUUCCACUGGUUAAUGGUCCUCACUGUUAGGAAGUUUCUCCUUAAUUCCGGGUUGCUUCUCUCCUGGAUUAGUUUCCAUCCAUUGUUUCUUGACUUGUCCUGCCUUCAGGUGCUUUGGGGAAUAACUUGACCCCCUCCUCUUUGUGGCAGCCUCUCAAAUACUGGAAUACCGCUAUCCUGUCACCUCUCAUUCUUUUCUUCAGACUAGCCCAGGGGUCAGCAACCUGCGGCUCUGAAGCCGCAUGUAGCUCUUUGGGCCCUCUGCUGUGGCUCCCUGUCAGGUGAUCCCACCACUGGCUGGCCCCGCCCCUCGCCCUCCCCUCCCAGUCACUCCUCUCCUGGCCUGAGAAGGUAAAGGCAAUGGUGGGGGAUGGAGAAGCGGCCAGGGCAGAGACAGAGAGAGAGGGCGAUGGGGGAGAAGAGAGAGAGAUGUCAAAAGGAUUUUGUGGCUCCUGGUGUUUUUUAACAACUGGUUCUCUGCCCUAAUGACCAGCUGGGUAGGCAUGGCUGGGGGUGUGUGUCAUGUGACCGGUGGAAGUGAGUGACAUUGAGUUGGCCACGCCCACCCAGGUUUUGUGGCUCCCGGUGUUUUCUUUUCUGUGGGAAACUAGUCCAAAUGGCUCUUUGAGUAUUUAAGGUUGCAGACCCCUGGACUAGCCAAAUCCAAAUCCUGCAGCCAUUCUUCCUGUGUUUUAGUCCCCAGGCCUCUGAUCCUCAUCGGUGCUCUUCAGGCCCAUUCGAAGUUGCUCUUAACCCACAGCUGGCGGUCAGAUGGGUCAUCUCUAGAGCCGUGUUUCUCACUGUUGGCAGCUUUAAGACUUCAGGUCCCAUUAAUUCCCUAGGCAGCACAGCUGGGAGUUGAAUUCCACAAGUUGCCAAGGUUGGACACCCCUCCUCUAUCGCACAGACUGGGCCUGUUAGGAUGCCCUAUUCAAGAAAGGCAUGGAUUAUUAUUUUUUUUUUACUAACUAAACCUUUGAAAGAGUUAAUUACUCAUUUAGUAGAUUGGGGGAAUGCCCUGACAUAGUUUACCUGGACCUCAGCAAAGGCUUUGACAGAGUGUCUCAGAAUAGACGUCUUCAUAAAAUGGUAAGAAUAGAAUAGAAUAGAAUAGAAUAGAAUAGAAUAGAAUAGAAUAGAAUAGAAUAGAAUAGAAUAGAAUAGAAUAGAAUUCUUUAUUGGCCAAGGGUGAUGGGACACACAAGGAAUUUGUCUUUGGUGCAUACGCUCUCAGUGUACAUAAAAAGACAAGAUACAUGCAUCAAGAAUCAUAAGGUACAACACUUAAUGAUAGUCAUAGGGCACAAAUAAGCAAUCAAAUAUUAAUAUAAAUGUAAGGAUAUCAGCAACAAGGUUACAGUCUUAAAAGUCAUUAGUGGAAGGAGAUGGGUGGUGGCAACGAUGAGAAGAUUAAUAGUAGUGCAGACUUAGUAAAUAGUUUGACAGUGUUGUGGGAAUUAGUUGUUAAGCAGAGUGAUGGCAAUCGGGAAAAAACUGUUCUUGUGUCUAGUUGUUCUGGUGUGCAAAUCUCUGUAGUUGUUUUGAGGGUAGGAGUUGAAACCGUUUAUGUCCAGGAGGAUGCGAGGGGUCUAGUAAAUAUUUUCCCAGCCCUCUUUUUGACUCGUGCAGGAUCCAGGUCCUCCAUGGAAGGCAGGUUGGUAGCCAUGGUUUUUUCUGCAGUUCUAAUGAUCCUCUGAAGUCUCUGUCUCUGCCUUGUUGGGUUGCAGAGCAAACCAGACAAAUAUGGGCCAGAUGACACCACAGCUGGAUUCAGUUGGUAGAAUGGCCACAAUGAAAGAUAUUCCUUAACAUGCUGGCUGGGGAUUUCUGGGAGUUGAAGCCCACAAGUCUUAAAAUUGCCAAAGUUGAGUAACACUGUCCUAGAGCAGGGGUUGCCAACCUUUCGGACCUCAGGGACCACUAAAUUCAUAAUUUUAAAUCCCGCGGACCACUAAUAUGAUUUUUUAAAAAAGAUAAAUAGUAUUUAUUGCAAUAUAAAAAAAUGCAAAUAAUUUUCCUGCGGACCACCAAAAUUUUCUCAUGGACCACCAGUUGGUGACCACUGCCCUAGAGGGUCUUCAUUCAGAAUAAAGUAUGGUAUAAGCCUGCUUUUGCGGAAGGCUUCCGUCAUUAUCUUGCCGUCCUUGUGCCAGUGUUGUGCUCUGUUCUGGGAUGUUCUCCUUGCAAGGAGUCCAGAUCUUGGUAGCCCCCAGAACAGACGACGUCCUUCCUUCUUUCACAAAUCCUAGAAGAGCCGAGACUUCUCUGGCAGCGGAAGCAGAGUGGUUAGAGCAGGCGGGAAGACAUCCCUGUGGGUUAGGAGGAAGAAGAUGGUGGCAGGCAGGGCCUCUGCCUUCUGGUUCUGAGCUCACGGAGGAAACUCUGCAGGCCUGCCAGGGAAGUCGCCCAAUGUCUUGCUUUUGAAAUUACGGGGCAGGACUUGGGACUGACCUUCCUUCCAAGUCCUGCCGGCCACCAGGCCUCGAAUGCCCUGGUGCCCUGCGUGGUGCCUGUUCCUCCGUUGGCCAUGCAGUGGGAGGCAGAGGUGGGCACCAGUUACGGGGAGUCAGUCAGCUGAAGUACUGUUUCUUGAGAUUUAAAAUUUCACUCUUCCGGUUAACAGAAUAGCAAUAGAUUUAUAUACCACUUCACUGGGCUUUUACAGCCCUCUCUAAGCGCUUUACCAAGUCAGCACAUUGUCCCCCAACAAACUGGCUCCUCUUUUGACCCACCUCGGAAGGGUGGAAGGUUGAGUCAACCUUGAGCCGGUCAUGAUCGAACUGCUGGCAGUCGGCAGAGUUAGCUGGCAAUACUGCGUUCUAACCACUGCACCACCACAGCUCCGAAUAACAAGAGUUGGAAGGGACUUUGGAGGUCUUCUAGUCUAGCAGGAAACUCUUAUCACAUUUCAGACAAAGGGUUGUCCAAUCUCUUGGUAAGACCCUCCAGUUGGGCAGAUCAUUCCACUGAUUAAUUGUUCUAACUGUCAGGCAGGUCUGUCUGUCAGAAGGAGAAAUCAGGGAGAUCUGUUCUCUUCCGUCUGUGCGCCUGCUGCAUUUCCUCAAGGUUUUGCCAAUGGUGAUCUGGCAUUUAGAAAUAAAAUUGAAAAUACUUCUGCCGGGGCAAGGAGAGAUCUUGCCCUUCUAAAGAUGACAAAGUGCAGGGAGAGAGAGAAUGCCUCUUCUGCUUCCUUGUGGAGCAGAUGCCACCAGGAUGCCCAGUUUGAUCUAAUGGCUAAGUGCCAGGAGGUUGUGAGUUCUAGUCCCGUCUUAGCUACGAAAGCCGUCUGGGUGACUUAGGGCCAAUCACCAGGAGACGGUGAGUUCUAGUCCUGCCUUAAGCCAGCUGGGUGACUUUGGGCCAGUCACUUUCUCUCAGCCCAGCCCAACUUGCAGGGUUGUUGUUGGGAAAAUAGUAGGAUUUGCUUCAUUUGCCGCCUUGAGAGAGGGCCCAAGGCCACCCAUCUUCCUUUCAUGCCCAAGGCGGAACUCGAACUCAUGGUCUCCUGCUUUCCAGCUGGCGCCUUAUCUACUAGACCAGCCUGGCUCUCUUUGCUUUUGCUUUGAUGGAAGAGCUGGCAAAAGAGAGAACAUUCCGGGUAGGCGCCAUUUAAUGUCUCGCGUGCUCGUUGGGUCCUCCCUCGGUCACUUUCCGUGGCUGCUCUUGAGAAAAAGGGCGGGGGGGUGUCUCUCCUUCGGCUCUCUCCAGCCUCCUAAGGCGGGUGUCUUCAGCCCGCCUUCCUCCCGCAGGGUAGGGUCCCUCUGCCAUUUUAACACCGCCUCUCCUCUUUUCCAGAGAGUUCCUUUGACGGGAGUCGAGCUGCUGGGCUUCAUCCUUAGGGGGGCCAAGCCAAACCGCUUUCUUCUCCGGCCACCCCAGGCUCCGGAAGCCGCUUCGGUGGGAUCGUGCCUGCUGAGGGAGGAGGAGGCUGACCCUCCCUCCCUCCCUCCCUGCCUCCCUCCCUUCUUCCCUCCUCCCUUCCUUCCUUCCUUCCCUUGCUCUUUCUGCCAGCUUCCCUCCUCCUGCCAAGGGCAGCACCUGCGCACGGGCUCCUUCGGGUCCUUGGGGGUUUCCUAACCCCCCCAGCCGGAGGGAGAGAGUCCCAGCCGAGUUUUAAGAUCUCCGCCGUUCCUUGGGCUGCCUCCGGCUCUUGGGGGUCUCCCAGGGCGUUGAGGAAGAGAGCGGAGGACGUUGCAGCCGGCUAGAGAGCCGCCCCAGGACAGGAGGAUGGCCGCCGAGAUGCUGAACUUCGGGCCAGAAUGGCUUCGCGCACUCUCCAGUGGGGGGAGCGUGGCUUCCCCUCCAUCCUCCCCUGCCAUGCCAAAGUACAAACUAGCCGAGUACCGAUACGGGCGGGAAGAGAUGCUAGCACUUUAUGUCAAAGACAAUAAGGUCCCUGACGAAAUCCAAGACCGGGAAUUCUCUGCCAUCCUAGAGGAGGACCCUCUGCAGCCCCUGGCAUUGGUCCCGUUGACCGAAGAAGAGCAGCGGAACUUCUCCAUGUCCGUGAACAGCGUGGCCGUGCUGAGGCUGAUGGGAAAGGGGGCCGGGGUGGCCCCCGCGGGGGUCUCGCGUGGGAGAGGCAGCACGCGGAGCCGAGCAGGCCGCGGGCGAGGCGAGAGCGGCUUUUACCAAAGAAGCAUCGAGGAGGCAGAAGGCGGAGCCUUUGGUCGAGGAGGGGUCCGCGAAAUCCACCGCAGCCAGAGUUGGGAUGACCGAGGGGAUCGGCGGUUUGAGAAGCCCAUCCGGCGGGAAGGAGCCCGGGCCCCCUUUGAGGAGGGGGCUCCCUCCAGCCGCAAAGAGUUUGCCCGCUCGGACAGCGACAACUGGCGCACGCUGCGCGAGGAGCACGAGGAGGAGGAAGAGGGCGGUGGUGGCGGUGGCAGCAGUGCAGGGGGCGGGUCAGGAGGAAGCUGGCGGCAGAGCGGAGGGUCCCGGCGAGAGAGCGAGCGAUGGCGGUCGGCCAGCCCAGACGGAGGGCCUCGUUCGGCCGGGUGGCGGGAGCACGGUGGGGACGGGCGCCGGCGGAAGUUUGACUUCGACUUCCGGGAACGCGAGGAGGAGCCGCGGGGGGGACGUCGCCAUCGGCAGAGCAGCGACAGCUUUGAGGAGGAGAAGGACGGGCUGCCCGAGUGGUGCCUGGAGGACGAGGAAGAGGAGAUGGGCACCUUUGACUCCUCGGGGGCCUUCAUGUCCCUCAAGAAGAGCCCCAAGGAGCUGGUGUCGGAGGAGCAGGAGCUGAGUUUCCAGCCGCUGCCGGAGGAGCAGGAGGAGGAGGAGCAGGAGGAGCAGCCGCCGGAGGCCAAGGAGGGCAACCCCAGGACCAGCAGAGAGGUGCCCGUCAGCCCCACCGCUGUGGAGAGGGCAGAGAGAGAUCAAAAGGAGCCCCGGACCGGCCCAGAGGAGAAGAAGCUUCCGGCUCCCCCGGGCACCCCCUGGCAGCCCAGCCCUCCCUUCAUCCCUCUUGCCGCCGCCACCGCCAGCAACGGUGAAAAUAUCGGGCCGGGGAACUCUUCCAAAGCAGAGAAGCUGGCGCUGCUGUCCUCUGGCAACUCGGACGCAGAGGCAGUGGAUGGUGACCCAGGCCCUCUCGGCUGCCCAGCCCAGCCUAGCCCGGCCGCUGUCUCUCCCCUUCCCGCGGCCCCGUCUGCUGCUCCUGCUGCUGAAUUCACCGUGGGCGACAACGAGGAUGAGGACGGGAUGAAGCACCUGCAGCAGGAAGCAGAGAAGAUGGUGGCCUCCCUGCAGGACAGCUCCCUGGAGGAGGAGCACUUCGGCCAGGCCAUGUCUGACCACCGCAACACGGCCGCCGCCUUGCCCCUCUCCCACGAAGCAGCCAUGAAGUGGUUCUACAAGGACCCCCAAGGAGAGAUCCAAGGACCCUUCACCACCCAAGAGAUGGCGGAAUGGUUCCAGGCAGGCUACUUUGCCAUGUCGCUCUUGGUGAAACGGGGCUGUGACGAGGGCUUCCAGCCCCUCGGAGAAGUGAUCAAGAUGUGGGGAAGAGUGCCUUUUGCGCCCGGUCCAUCCCCCCCACCCUUACUGGGGGUAGGUGACCCCCUCCUCUCGCCCCUCCAGGGAAACAUGGACCAGGAGCGCCUGAAGAAGCAGCAGGAACUGGCAGCCGCAGCCAUCUACCAACAGCUCCAGCAACAGCAGCUGCUUCAGCUCGUCAACAGCCGGCAAUACGCCCAGUGUGCCCUCCAGCAGAAGGUGGCGUCAGGGGAUCUGGCCCAGCAGCAGCAGCUGAACACCUUCCUCCAGCAGCUGCAGGCUCUCAAGCCCAGAGCUGGGGAGCAGGGCAUGAUCCCCUCCAUGAACCGAUCCAUAUCUGUGCCAGACACUGGGUCCCUCUGGGACACACAUACCUCAGCCUCACCGCAAGCAGGCGGUGAAGCCAGUUUGUGGGAUAUUCCAAUUAAUUCUUCAACUCAGGGUCCGAUCUUAGAACAACUUCAACUACAACAUAAACUGCAAGAGCGCCGAGGGGCCGAACUCAGGGCGAAGCGGGACGAGGACGAGCGGAAGCGGCGCGAAGAGGAAGAGCUCUACCGGCGCAAACAGGCAAGGCUGCCCUCCUCUUCCUCGUGGGGCCAGCAGUCCGUCAACGCCUCUUCCGGGCAGAGCAGCUUCAGCCUGGCCGACCUGCAGAAGCUGGGAGAUGCCCGGGCCUGCAGGGAACUGCGGGAGGAGUGCCGCCAUCAGGAGAUGCUGCAGAAACUCCUGCAGCAGCAGCAGCAGCAGAGCACGCAGCCCCUCUGGGGGGGCCUGGCCAAGCAGAGCCCCUCCCUGAAGGCCCUGCUGGAGUUGCAGCAGGAGAGCGAGAGGCACCUGCAGAAGCCGGCCCAACCCCGGGCUCAGCAGCGAGCGCAUGGUGGACACGGUCUGAGCAGCCUCUCCUCUCAAUGGGCUUCGGAUGUGGGUUCGCUGUGGGGGGGCCACGACAAGGCCGGCCCCCUUGGCCUCUGGGAGGAGAGCAUGAAGGGCUCCGGGUCCCUGGCCCGCAACCUGGGCUUGAGGAACAGCCGGAGCAGCCCCUCCCUAGGGGACGCCUAUGUCUCCAGUCGGCAGAGCAGGAAGAAAACGGACGAGGAGGAGAAGCUGCUGAAGCUGCUCCAGGGCAUCCACAAACCUCCCCAGGACGGCUUCACCCAGUGGUGCGAGCAGAUGCUGCACGCCCUCAACGCUUCCAGCAGCCUCGAUGUGCCCACCGUGGUCGCUUUCCUGAAGGAGAUGGAGUCACCCUACGACGUUCACGACUGCAUCCGCUCCUGCCUGGGAGACACCCUGGAAGCCAAAGAGUUUGCAAAACAGUUCCUAGAGCGCCGUGCCAAGCAGAGAGCCAAUCAGCAGCGACAGCAGCAGCAGCAGCAGGAGGCCUCGUGGCUCAGCUCCAGCAGCCUGCAGUCGCUCUUCCAGGCCAACCACAGCCCCAAACCGCCGUCCUUUGAGAACAGCCAAGCUGUGAAGAUCAAGAGGCGCCCCGUGAUGCUGCACGCAGACCCCAGCAUCCUGGGCUACGCUCUUCAUGGCGCCUCCAGCGAGCUGGAAACCGUGGAGGACUACUGAGCCCCUCCCUCCCUCCAGCCGUGGGACCCCCGUCCUCCCUGCCGCUGCUGCCUUGAUCUCACCCAUUUCAGUUCCAGCCGAGUGUGCCCUGCUGGAGGGCCCCCGAGGCAGGGUUGGGGGCCGUCCGGGCCCCUGGCAAGUGAGCGCGAGGAUCAGCUGGGCCAGGCCAGACCGGAAGGAAGGCUGUUGCGCACUUCAUUCCUUAAAAAAAGCACCUUAAACAACGCCCUCUUCUUCUGCCAUGCACUUUAUCCGAACUUUCAUUGUUUUGUUUUUUACAGUGACUUGUUACAGAUUGAGAAAAAAAAGGAAAAAAAAAAUUUUUUUUUUUGAAAUUGUGAAAGAUUUUUUUUAAAAAAAAAAGCUUAAAAAAACUACAAAAAAGUUUAUCUUAAAAAAAAAACACUUAUUUUUCACGUGGGGAUAUGUUUAAAAAAUGUGAAUGGUAAUUUCACAGAAGCUUGAUAUAAAAAGAUUUAUAAAAGAAAAAAAACUUGAAGAAAUGCACUUAGAAAAAGGAUCUUUUUUUAAAAAAAAAAAUGUUUGGAUAACUAUAGAUACAGAUGUAAAUAUUCUUCAGACUCUUCUCGAUCCGCACAGUAUAUUUUCUCUUACGAAGAGGCCAUUUUAUAAGAAGAUUUUUUUUUCUUUUUUUGGUUUUGUUGAGUUCUUUUUUAAGAAAAUUGCACAAAAAUGCCUCCUUCCUCGUUUCCUUUUCUCCACCCCGCCCUGGACGUAACAAUUUUCUAUUGUGUUUGAUUUAAAAAAAAAAAAAAACAGAAAAAAAAGGAAAAAAAAAAACAACUGCAAAAA